AUGAAAAGGUUCGCGUUCGCAGAAAGCAAGGAGCCCCCUUUUUGUGGGAAAUUGUUCUAUGAAAUGUUCAAAAAUGCUGAGUUUCUACAGGAAGAGAAGAAUGUCGUUACUAUUUUGUCCAAAGGGUAUCAACUCAGACAGGCAUUGAAAGGAGUAAGGCCUGGUGAAACCGUUUGUAUGCAAGGCAUGUGGAUAAACAAGAGAAAUCGCCAACUACUUCUCGUAAAGAAAGGUGGCCCUAAUGUGGCGAUAAAGAACAACGAAUUUACUGCGAACCGCCUGACAGGCAUGACAGCUGCGUUCGUCUAUGAGAAUCGCCUGAAAUAUCCAAAUUUGGUCGCAGCGGAAGCGGAACUCCUUGGCAUACGGUGGGACAGCCAGGAUCCUAUUUUCUCCAACCUAUAUCUGGCAACUGUAAGCGGCACGGAACACUUCUACGAACAAUUCUGCUUUUGGCCCUUGGUAGCCGCAUUGAAGAAAUUCCAGAUGAAGAAGAUUACCCUUGAACCCAUCGUGAAGGUGGCAAGAAUCAAGAAUUCCGCUGGCGUUCGAUACGGUGAGGAGAUGUUGCGAAAUAUCACCGUUGCCGAGGUUUUGUGGUCCCACUUCAGUGUAGGUAAAUAUAAUUUUAAGAAGAUGCUGCGUUCGUUGCCCUCAGAGUUGAAAGUUAUGUUUGGUUGA